GGUAGCCUCCUUGUCGAGGGGUGGACGCACGUCAUACAUUAGAAUGAUCGCUACGUUGUGACUGGUCAGUCGUAGCCUACAUUCCAUGUUACAUUCGUGAAGCAAGUCACUGAAGUGGAAACUCCGAACUGGAUCAUGAGUCCUUUCCCACCAAGUAAUGUUGCUUUGGUCCCUGAACACUCCUUACAGAGUUGUUUUUUCCCUAAGGAAUCAUCUAACUUCUACGGCUGGACUUUGAUGUCCAGAACGGACUUUGCCCCAGUAAAUUAUGCUGUAAACUAGCCGACUUAUGAACUUAAUCAUUUGAUCGCCUACACUUUACACUUCUACUUCACCACUUUACUAAACGCACUGACAUGCGUGUGGCAGUUAUUGGUGCAGGGGUCAUUGGCCUGUCAACCGCUCAGAGCAUCUAUGAGCAGUACCAUGAGCGGGUUGCUUCGCUGACCAUAGAGGUGUAUGCCGACUGCUUCACCCCUCUAACAACCAGCGAUGGAGCCGCUGGCUUCUGGCAGCCAUACCUCUAUGACAAGGGCAACCAUCAGGAGACGAAGUGGAAUAAGGAGACCUUUGAUUAUCUGCUGAACUGUCUGCGCUCGCCAGAUGCCAUCAGAAUGGGAGUCUUCCUUCAGUCUGGCUACAAUCUGUGCACGGAGUCAGCCCCUGACCCUUCGUUUAAAGACAUUGUGCUGGGUUUUCGUCAGUUAACAGAGCGAGAGUUGGAGAUGUUUCCUGGCUAUAGUUAUGGAUGGUUCAACACUGCACUUAUGAUCGAGGGAAAGAGCUACCUACCAUGGCUUAUGGACUGGUUAAAACAGAGAGGUGUCAAGUUUUACCACAGGAAGAUAAACUCAUUCCAGGAGUUGGCUGACAGUGGGGCUCAAAUCAUCAUCAACUGUUCUGGAAUGCGAUCUGGAGAGCUGCAGCCAGACCCAGAGCUCCAGCCAGGACGAGGGCAGAUCAUUAAGGUGGAUGCUCCUUGGCUCAAGCAUUGGAUUCUCACACACCACUUCACAAAAGGCACUUAUAACUCACCAUACAUAAUACCAGGGAGUCGUCUGGUGACGGUGGGAGGAGUCUUCCAGCUGGGGAACUGGAGCGAGAAGAACCAGUCCAGUGAUCACAAGAAGAUUUGGGAGGAGGCCUGUCAGCUGGAGCCCAGUCUGACUCAUGCCCGAAUCGUAGAGGAUUGGACGGGAUUAAGACCUGUGCGCAGCAGAGUUCGACUUGAAAGGGAGUCCAUUCAGUCUGGUCCAGCCACGCUUGAGGUGAUCCAUAACUACGGCCAUGGAGGCUUUGGGCUGACCAUCCACCGAGGGUGUGCCCAGGAGGCUGCAAGACUCUUUGGGGAGAUCCUGAAGCUGAGACACUGGGAGACAAAAUCACAUCUAUGACCCAGCACAUCACCGGGGCAACAUUGUGUUGACAUUUGAAUAAUGUUAAUAUAAGUAUACUAAUCAUAGUUCUCAAAAACUUCAUUUUUGCAAUAAUUGUUGAUAAGACUGUUAAACUGGGCAAAAUGGGAAAACAACAUGGACAAUGUAUGAAGAGUAAGUGGCAAAUACAAAUAUUUUUGUUUUUAGAUGAAACUAAUAUCUUUUAUGUCUUUAUCUAUAACUGUAACAUUAAUUCAACUAAACUGUUAAUGUAAGAUGUAACUUAAGAGAAAUUAGAGUAUUUUAUCAGAAAAUGAAUGAAAAUCCAGGAGUAGGCGUGAUGUUCAUGUGUGUAUACAUGGAUUCAUACUCUAUCCAAACAUCUUCUAUUGACAUAGAGGGACAUAUUACAAAAUAUAUCUUUACAAAAUAUCUUGAAAUGUAUGUGUCAAUAUAUCAUUUAAUAAAUAAAUAAUUAUG